UGCUGUUUGCGGAGCGCGUUUGGCGCUUGCUCGGCUGUGCCGCCGCGCUACUGGGCCUGGGUUCCUGUCGCGGCUCCUCGGGUCCCGCUUUGUCUCUGCUGCCCUGGACCGAAGUGAUGGGUGACCUCAAGGAGGCCGGAGCCGAGGCUUCGCCGGCCGUGGCCGCUGCUCGGGGAGGGCUCAGCCUCCUGUCCCAGGGAGAGUCCGAGGAACCUUCUGCACAGGGGUCAGCUUUAUUUCUCGGAGGCAGCGAAGUGAAGAGCCGAGCUGUGGUGAAAUACUCUUCUGCCCCUCCGCGAACAGCAUUCGCACGCCUCGAAGAGAAGACAGACUUGAAACUCCCACCUGCCAACUGGUUACGAGAGAGUGCCAAAUUAGGGCCAGCAGGAACUACCAUUCUUGGCAACAGUAAGAAAAGCAAGCCAUUUUCAAGCUUUGGCAUGGCAUAUGACUUUAUCGAUUCAGUGGGAAAUGAUGUGGAUGUUGUUUCUGACUCUGAAAACAUAAAAAAGCUCCUGAAGAUUCCCUAUAGCAAAUCCCACGUGAGCAUGGCAGUGCACCGCAUAGGAAGGACUCUCCUAUUAGAUGAGCUGGAUAUUCAAGAACUCUUUAUGAGAUCAUCUCAGACUGGUGAUUGGACAUGGUUGAAAGAGUUUUAUCAAAGACUAAUUGAUCAGAAGUGGCAGAGGAAGAAAAAGAGCAAAGAGCACGGUCUUAAAAAUGAUUUUGUUCGGAAUAUUCUAUGGACGUUUGAAGAUAUCCAUAUGUUGGUUGGUUCCAACAUGCCUAUAUUUGGAGGAGGCAGGUAUCCAGCAGUCAGCUUACGUCUCAGGGACAACAACAAACCAAUUAAUGUGCUAACUGGAAUUGACUAUUGGUUGGACAACUUGAUAUGCAAUGUACCAGAGCUUGUGAUGUGUUUUCAUGUAAAUGGAAUUGUACAGAAAUAUGAAAUGAUAAAGACAGAAGAGAUUCCCAAUUUGGAAAAUUCUAAUUUUUCUACUAAAGUCAUAAAAGACAUUGCACAGAAUAUUUUAUCAUUUCUGAAAUCAAAUUGUACCAAAGAAGGACAUACCUAUUGGCUCUUUAAAGCAAGUGGCAGUGAUAUAGUGAAACUCUACGAUCUCACUACUCUUUGUGAAGAAACCGAAGACAAAUACCAAAAUCCAUUCACAAUGCCAGUGGCCAUUCUUUUAUAUAAAGUUGCUUGCAACAUGAUGAUGAAGAAAAAUCAAAAUAAGAAACACUAUGGGACGAUUAGGACAUUGCUUCUUAAUUGUGUUAAGUUGUUGGACAAAAGCAGGCAUCCUCAAAUUAUUGCUUCAGCCAAUUACAUGCUUUCUGAACUUUUUCAAUUGGAUGAACCUAAAAAGGAAGAAAGUUCAGAAUCUCCUUUAAAUGAGAAUUCUGAUGAAAGUUAUAGUGAAGAGGAGGAAGAGAUGCCAGACAGUGACGAAAACGGAUCCUAUGGCACCAGCUCUGAUCCCUCAGAUGAUAACAAAGCGGUGGCUAUAAUUAAGUCUGUUGGAGAAUUGUCAGUACCAGAAAAAUACAAAUCUAUUCAUCAAAUCAGACCCAGCUGUGCAUUCCCAGUUUGCCACGACACAGAAGAGCGCUGUAGACUUGUGCUUAGCUAUGUUCUGGAGGGUUUAAAAUCUGUAGAUAGCAGCAUCAAAAAAGAAAGUGACCUUCCGGCAGCUGACCCCAGCACUCCAAUCCCAUUAAAAUAUGAAGACGAAUCCACAAGGGGGGGUCCCGAGGGGCUAGAGAAGCAGAUGGCCUUGUUUUUGGACAAAAUGGGCUCCCUUCAGAAGGGUAAUUAUUCCAGUCAAUCUGGAAUGAUCCCUGGUUCUUGGCAACAUAAAAUGAAACUUCAGCUGAUUCUCAAGUCAUCAAAGGCCUAUUAUGUUCUGUCUGAUGCUGCCAUGAGUCUGCAGAAGUAUGGACGAGCAUUACGAUACAUUAAGUUAGCUUUGCAGAGCCACGAUACUUAUUGCUGCCUCUGCACCAAUAUGCUUUCUGAAGUGCUGCUGUUUCUUUCUCAGUAUUUGACACUUUGUGGUGAUAUCCAACUAAUGCUGGCCCAAAAUGCAAAUAAUAGAGCAGCACACCUUGAAGAGUUUAAUUACCAAACAAAAGAAGAUCAGGAGAUAUUGCACAGUCUUCACAGAGAGUCCAGUUGUCAAGGAUUUGCAUGGGCAACUGAUUUGUCUACAGACCUAGAAAGUCAACUUUCUGUUAGCUGUAAAUGUUAUGAGGCUGCUAAUGAAAUCUUGCAGUUUAGUGAUUUAAAAAGCCAGAAUCCGGAACACUAUGUACAAGUAAUGAAGAGAAUGGGUAACAUCAGAAAUGAGAUCGGUGUGUUUUACAUGAAUCAGGCGGCUGCAUUACAGAGCGAGAGAGUAGUGAGCAAAUCCGUGUCUGCUGCAGAGCAACAGUUGUGGAAAAAGAGCUUUUCCUGUUUCGAAAAGGGAAUUCACAACUUUGAAUCAAUUGAGGAUGCUACAAAUGCUGCUCUUUUAUUAUGUAACACGGGAAGGCUCAUGAGAAUUUGCGCACAGGCACACUGUGGUGCGAGUGAUGAGUUUAAACGUGAAUUUUCACCAGAAGAAGGCUUGUAUUAUAACAAGGCUGUCGAUUACUAUUUGAAAGCUCUAAGAUCACUGGGAACGCGAGAUAUACACCCAGCUGUUUGGGAUUCAGUGAACUGGGAAUUGUCCACUACUUAUUUUACCAUGGCAACUCUCCAACAGGAUUAUGCACCAUUAUCUAGAAAAGCUCAGGAGCAGAUUGAAAAAGAAGUCAGUGAAGCUAUGAUGAAGUCCCUGAAAUACUGCGACAUUGAUUCAGUGUCUGCGCGACAGCCUCUCUGUCAGUACCGGGCUGCAACCAUCCACCACAGGCUGGCGUCCAUGUACCACAGCUGUCUGCGGAAUCAGGUUGGUGAUGAACACCUUAGGAAGCAGCACCGGGUGCUGGCAGAUCUCCAUUACAGCAAAGCUGUAACGCUUUUUCAGCUUCUGAAAGAUGCUCCCUGUGAACUACUUAGAGUGCAGUUAGAAAGAGUAGCAUUUGCAGAAUUUCAGAUGACCAGUCAGAAUAGCAAUGUUGGAAAAUUGAAAACACUGUCUGGGGCUCUUGAUAUAAUGGUGAGAACGGAGCACGCAUUCCAGCUCAUCCGGAAGGAGCUUGUAGAGGAAUUUGACCAGCCUAAGAGUGGUGAGACUGCUCCAGCUGCCGAUUCUUCUCCGAGUCUUAAUCAAGAAGAAGUGAUAAAACUGCUCAGUAUAUUUGAAUCUCGGUUGUUGUUUCUUCUCCUUCAGUCCAUCAAACUGCUAUCUUCUACUAAAAAGAAAACAAGCAGUAACAUUGAAGAAGAUGUAGUCCUCAAAAGCAACAAGCAAGUUUACUCCCAGCUUUUGAGAGGUACUGCAAACAAAAAUGCAACUCUUCUGGAGAGAACGGAGAUUAUCAUCCACCUGCUGGGCCAGCUUGCCCGCGGGGGCAGCAGCGCUGUUCAGUGACCCAAGCACAGGGCCGCCCGCGGACUCGCUGUCAGUGCCUUCUGAACACAGGAGCUGGUUUGUCCAUUCGGUGCUUCAUUCAUUAAAUACGAGAGAAAUAUCCAUUUCAAACAGGUACAGCAGUGAAAACACAGAAUUAUCAUUUCCUACAACAGAUGAAUUAUGGUUGAGUUUUUUGUCUUCUUCAUUUGAAGUGCUAAAAUCAGAAUCAAACUUAAACCUUCCAGCAUUUAUUUCUUUGGGAAGCAUAUAGUACCUCAAUAUCAAUAGACUUGCUGUGAUGCAAUUACACUUGUAAAUAUUUUUGAAGUAUGUUAAGCUACAUGGGUUUAAGGUAUGAUUAUUUUGGAUAAGAUGUUACUUUGUUCAAGAGAACUUUUAUCCAAAUGAUUUUAAAGGUUCAAGUGGGUUAAAGAAACUUCCUGUACAUCUACAAUGUUUUCCUCUAAGUUGCACAGGAAAAAAGUGUGCCCUUCUUAAGCUUCGGUGCAGGAGUUUUCAAAGACGAACUGUUGUGCAAUUCGCUGUAUUUAAUGCAUGUUCCGAGGGGUUCACUUUCCUUUGACUUUAUAUGAUGAUCAGGAAUAGGUACUACCCUUUUUUUUAUUUUAAACUUGAAACUGUGAAUAAGGUAAGAAAACUAUUUUGAAUAAAUUAUUUAUUUAAAAUGUC